ACAUAAUGUGGUGCUCGGUGGGAUACGUUGGAUAGUCUAUUGAGUGUGAUCAGAUAUCUGUGGGUAAUAAUUUCUUCUGAUCCCUUGUUGCAGGGAGACAAGGCAGAGUGCUUCUACAUCGUUGAGUCCGGAGCGGUGAAGAUCAUGAUGAAGAGCAAAACCAAGGCGGACCAUGCGGACAACAUGGAGGUGGAGAUCGCUCGCUGUACCCGGGGUCACUACUUCGGAGAGCUGGCCCUGGUCACCAACAAGCCCCGCGCAGCCUCCGCCUACGCCGUCGGAGACGUCAAGCUUCUGGUUAUAGACAUACAGGCCUUUGAGCGACUGCUGGGCUCCUGCAAGGAGAUCAUGAAGAGGAACAUCUCCCACUACGAGGAGCAGCUGGUCGCACUCUUCGGCUCCAGCAUGGACCUCAGAGACUGAGACCCUCACUCCGGCUCCUCGCUGUGCCUUCUACACACACACACACACACACACACACACACACCACGCAAACACAAACACAAACACACGCACACACACCACACACACAAACACACUCAUCAACACACCCGCCGCCGUCGUCGAGGAAAAAGAAAACGAUAUGGACAUUACGCCGUUGUCACCCAAGCUCGAAUAAACUCUAUACCGGUGUCGUUUGCAUCGCAGUGUACACUGCUCCACACCGACAACGCUCUCCCUCUCCCUUCUUUUUCUUUUGAUAUGAACUCUAUACAAGCAUAGGAUUAAUAUAAAAACAAAACAAGGGAGAGUGGUUUAAGAAUCAGUCCACAGAUUUCUCAAGCCUCCUCAAGUCCCAUCUCUACCGGGUGCCUCCCCCCCCCCACCCCCUCUUAGCAGCUGCUGAGUCAGGUGCUUGUACUCUCUCUCUCUCUUUCUCUCUCUCUUUCUGUACGUCUCUCUCUAUCUGGCUCGCUGCCUCUCUCGCUGGCCCUCUCUGUCUCUGGCUCUAUCUCUCUUUCUAAAGCUCUCUCUCUACACUGGAAGACACCAGUCAAAGCAGUAUAGGCACACUGGCAUGCACGCACACACACACACACACAAACACACACUUUUAUGUACUUAUACCUACAUAGGCACUGAAAAAUACGUCCAAAUCCCUUUUGUCUACUUACACUCAUGUCACGCACAAACUGCUUGACACACUCCUUUAUACACUCACCAUAUAGUUAAACACACACACACACGCACACAUUUUUGCAUAGCUUCAGUGAGCUUUAACAUACACACAAACACUCCAAAACUAACUUUCACAUGUGUAGGCAUUGCAAUUACAUAGACACGUAGACAACACAGUUGUCGAUAGCAAGCAUCAGCCAAGGACACACGAACAUUCUCACACAAAUACUCACACACACACACACACACACACACACUUAGGCACCUGCAGUUGCAAAAACAGACACAUGGGAAAAUGGAGAAACAAGGAAAAACUACUUACAGGAAAAAAUAAUGCAAAAUGCAAAAAAAACAAAUAAAAAUGAAGAAACAAGAGGAGUUUUAGAAACAUUUUAUGGAGAUAAACAAAAAAAGAAGCUUUGAUAAAAUAUUAUUUAAAUAAACAAAAAAGUGUUUCCUCUUUGGGAGGCGGGGGUGUGGAUCUUUGUGAGUGCGCUCCACUUCUGCUGUCGUUGAUUGAGUUGAGUUAGUGCUGGUGUCUUUCAGUACCACCGAAGAAGUCAAAACCAGAGCAACCCCACGUUUCUGGGUCCUUGUUAUUCUGUAAUUGACGCCACACAGUUGUAUUAAUUAUUAAUGUAUUGUUAUUAUUAUGAUUAUAUAUUCAGUUAUUAUUUUUGUUUUACUUUGACCAAUUCUGAUUUAAAAUAGAAAAACACCCAUCCAACAUCCAUCAGACAAAAUGUAAAACAAAAAAAAUAUAUAUUAAUAAAAUAAAGUUAGUGCUUAUUUCUCCAUGAUUAUUCUUGAAUGAGUUGUCCUGGAUUUAAAAAAAGGUGAAAAAAAAUAAAGCAAACAUUUUGUUAAAAAGUU